CAAGUAUUCAAUAACACAAUUAUACUAAUGAUGGCAUAUCACGUUACUAUAAAAACCGAUAUCAAAAUCAGGUGUUUUAAAAGCAUUUCAGGUCUGAACUGACAGGGAAGGGCGAAAUCAUGAACUCCACGUUAAUGAUAGUUGUUAUGAUUUUGUGCUGCAUUUUGACCUCAGUAAAUGGACGUCAAGUUAAAAUCGUCAAGCCGCUGCCCAGUAAUUUGUGCGUCAUUGAAAACGAAACAGCCCAAGUAACUUGUGUUGCUGCUGGAAUAAAUGGCACUCGACCUGACAAAAUAAUAUUUUACAGACAAGAUGAAUUUGGUGGUCUAAGUAUAAUAUAUGAUGAAGGACGAAAAGGUCGCAUAUUUUAUGAAAAUAAAACUGAAGAUGGCGGGAAAAGACUAAUUGUGACGCUACAUAUCAACACCGUACUGCCCAAGGAUAAUUCUUCGCGUUAUGGAUCGUAUGAAUGUCAUGCAUUCGCAGGAGCAGCUUACGAUGCUUACGGGUUUACAGUUAGCUUUAUCUCGUUCCAUGAAUUGCCAGGAAUACAAGCAUACGGCAACUUAUCUGCGUCAAUUGGUGAGAAGGUUGUUCUUCGUUGCCGAUUUAUUCCAUCUUCCAGAGCACGUCAAUUAGUCGAUGGAAAAUGGUUCAAAGAUGGCAUAGUUACCAACAGUGAAUGCAAAGAGGUGUUUUCAACUACAAUCAUUAAUCCCAGUGAUGGUGGCUGGCAUAGCUGUAUUCUAAUGGCUGAUUUACAACCGAGGUUGUACAACAUGACAAGGAGCUUUUUUGUAUCGGUGAAGCCUCAGUUUUUCGCCAAAGAUUUGCAGUGGAACGAAGUGAAAACAAUCAAAGGAAAAUCCACCAACCUGACAUGCUCUGCAAAAGGAAACCCAUUGAAAACUGAGUGGAAAAUGCAUUUGAAAAGCAAAUACCAAACACUGAGACCAUUGAACGUUUCAGAAAAUUAUACUACAUAUGUUUUCUCCAAUCUUGACAAACUGGAGAAGCACACGCUCAUGAUCGUGAACGUUAGCCUGGCAGACCAGGGAAAGUAUUACUGUUGUAUUCAUAAUGCUUCAAGAGCACAAGAUGACAUCGACGGCUGCCAGGUUUUUACAUUGAAAGUGAAAGACCUACCCGUCAACUGGACAUCAGCUAAGUUUGAAAACAUCCUACAACAGGCUGAAGCAGAGACUUACAAUACAAGUGAACUGCUCAGCGAACUGGAGAAUGUCACCAAGAAAGAAAAGAUUUCAGGAGGAGACCUGGGCCUCACAGUGAAGAUCUUAACAAUUCUAACAAACCGCAAGAAAUUCGAUUUGAUUUCUGAACAACAAAAGUUUCUGGCAGUCUGCAACAACAUUUUACAGCCAAUGAACAUUGAUAGCUGGGAACGUUUCGACGAGGCGAGAGAAAAGAAAGAAGUGUCCUUGUCGGUUGCGCUGAUCAAAGUCUUAGACACCUAUGGCCUUAUACUUGCCAAGCAACUUCCAAGGAAUUUUAGUAAAGUCAUUGAAGCACCUAAUAUUGCCAUGAGACUUGAUAGGAUUUCCACUGGACAUCAGGCAAAGAAAACAGGUUUAACAUUCAAGUAUGAAAAGUUUCAAAGCUCACUGAGCAUACCUGCUGAAGUAUUUAACGGUGACAAAGAGAGUUUCGUGGUUACCAUCGUAUACAAGACAUUUAAUAGAGUCAUGGGUCUUCGUGGUAUUAACAAGCUUGCCGGUCAAGAUGAUAUUGAAGUCUUUAAAUCGACAUCAACAAUAUUUUCAAGUGUGGUCGACCCUCCAAUGUCUGGAAGACUCCGCAAUCAAAAAGUUAAAAUUGUGAUGAAAAAUACAAAGGUUGCUGAGGAGAGUCUACGACGAAAAUGUGUAUUUUGGAAAGAAGGAUUACCAGAAACGUGGAUGACUGACGGUUGUAGGCUGGUACCUAGUGAAUCCAACAGUCAUGUGACUACUUGUGAGUGCGAUCACUUGACGGUGUUCGCGUCCCUCAUGGAUCCCUACGGUGGACUGGUUGCAGAAGACGAUCGUAAGGCUCUGGAGUUGAUCUCUACCACAGGCUGUGCCAUCUCCUUGUUUGCCAUCCUCUUGACUAUUGUUGUAACCUUGUUCUUCUGGAGAGUUCUCAAAUCACCUCGAACCAUUGUCCUUAUGAACAUUUGCGUGGCUAUUGGUAUAGUUUGUAUUCUUGUCAUAGCAGAAGGGACUGCACGAACAACAAAGGUUGGUUGUACUGUGUUGGCGGUAUUACUGCACUAUUUUCUUUUGGCCGUGUUCUGCUGGUUUUUGUGUGAGGGACUGCUUUUAUACCUUCUUAUUGUCAAAGUAAUUGGUGGAGGAGUGGGGGAGAAGGUCAAGUAUUUUGUGCUGUUUGGAUGGGGUUUUCCACUGCUUGUUGUUGGCAUCUCAUUGUGCGCCACCCAAACAGAAGGAUAUGGUUACCAUGGACUUCAGACCGCUUGCUGGCUUUCUGUGGACAACGGGCUCAUCUGGGCAUUUAUUGGACCAGCUGUUGUCAUUAUGCUGAUCAAUAUGGUUGUAUUCGUUCUGGUCAUACGACAAAUGAUGGGUACACGUCAUGCGCAGACAAAGUCACGUGAUGAAAAGUUUCGCAUGGGUGUCAAGGCAACAGCGGUCAUUCUUCCUUUGCUGGGUAUCACGUGGGUGUUUGGUUUGCUGGCCUUCAACACUGCGACCUUGGCUUUCAAGUACAUUUUCGCUAUCUUUAAUUCGUUGCAAGGACUGAUGAUCUUUAUCUUCCAUUGUGUCCUUAACCAACAGAUUAAAGAUGUAGUUCAACGAAGAAUCCAAAGCACACCGGAAAAUAAACAACAACAUUUGUCAAAGAGAAUCAACGUUGCAGCUAAUGAAGAUGUUAGUCCAUUCUCCAUCGAAAAUAGCAAGAAAUCUCCCAAAACACGAGAAAUUGGAAAGCAAGAGACGCUGCAAUCAGAAAUCUCCACUUCAACCCAUCUUUAGUUUUCUUCUUUCACAAGAUGUCUGAUUUCGUAUCGCGUUGAAUUCACGUUU